AUGUUGACAUCAGCCGCUCGAUCUCACGCAUUGAGAAACAACAUUCAACGACUUCGCUCACCAUUGGCAACGACCACAAUCAUGGCCUCGGCUAAACGAAAUAACAGCUCUCUUCCUCCCGGCUACACUGAGGACAAGUCUAAAGGUGCAACGCUGCGUUUCCAAGAUUCUUUACCUCGGCUGCCCGUCCCUACCCUUGAAGAGACAACAAAGCGAUACUUGAAGUCGCUCCAUCCUUUGCUUUCUGCCACUGAGUACUCAGACAGCAAAGCUGCGGUCGAAGAAUUCAUAAAACCCGGUGGCAUCGGUGGCAAGCUCCAGGAGAAACUAAUUGCAAAGCGGGAAGAUCCGGCGACCAAGAACUGGAUUUAUGAGUGGUGGAACGACGCUGCUUAUCUAUCAUACCGCGACCCUGUGGUUCCCUAUGUCAGCUAUUUCUACUCUCACCGCGAUGACCGCUCGCGCCGAGAUCCAGCCAAGCGAGCUGCAGCUAUCACUUCUGCCGUUCUCGAGUUCAAGAAGGCUGUCGACAAUGGCUCACUUGAGCCUGAGUACAUGAAAAAAUUGCCAAUUUGCAUGGAUAGCUACAAAUGGAUGUUCAACGCGACCCGCAUUGCCGCACGCCCUGCCGACCAUCCCGCCAAGUUCCCCGCCAGUGAAAACAAACAUAUAAUUGCAAUUCGCAAGAACCAGUUCUUUCUAAUUCCUCACGAAAUUGACGGCAAGCAACUCAACACUUCGGAGCUGGAAAAACAGUUCAACAGGGUCUACGAGUCAGCCCAGCGCGUCCCUGCGAUUGGCGCUUUGACUUCUGAGCAUCGGGAUAUCUGGGCAGACGCCCGGGAGUUGCUGAUUCAGACUAGCACCAAGAACAAGAACGCUGUACAUGCUAUUGAUUCAGCCUCAUUCAUAGUCUGCCUCGACGAUGCUUCUCCAGUGACAUUGGAAGAGAGGGCUCAUCAGUAUUGGCAUGGUGACGGGGCCAACCGUUGGUACGACAAACCCUUACAGUUCAUCAUCAACGACAACGGAACGUCAGGUUUCAUGGGUGAACACUCAAUGAUGGAUGGAACACCGACUCAUCGUCUCAACGAUUAUAUCAACGAUCUCAUUUUUGGGAACAAGAUGGAUUUUUCGGAUCCGUCAAUCCGAUCCGAUCUUCCUGAGCCCCGUUUGAUUCAAUUUGAUAUUACCGCACCAGUUCAGGCGGAGAUUGACCGUGCCAUCACUGACUUCCACAACGUCAUUAACCAACAUCAAUUGGCUGUACAGGCAUAUCAGGGCUACGGUAAGGGCCUUAUAAAAAAAUUCAGGUGCUCCCCUGAUGCUUAUGUCCAAAUGAUUAUUCAGUUGGCCUAUUUCAAGAUGUACGGAAAGAAUCGGCCAACAUAUGAAUCAGCUGCGACCCGUCGUUUCCAGCUCGGGCGAACCGAAACCUGUCGAACAGUAUCUGAUGAAGCUGUAGCGUGGUGCAAAUCCAUGGCCGACUCGUCACAAAACGAUGAGGCCCGAGUAGGGUUAUUCCGCAAGGCUAUCGACGCCCACCUGGAGUAUAUCACAGCUGCGUCAGAUGGCAAAGGCGUGGACAGACAUCUAUUUGGCCUUAAGAAACUUCUCGGUCCUGGCGAUGAGGUACCUGCCAUCUACACGGACCCUGCUUUCGGGUAUUCCAGUUCCUGGUACAUUUCCAGUUCCCAACUCAGCUCAGAAUUCUUCAAUGGCUAUGGUUGGAGUCAGGUCAUUGAUGGGGGCUUCGGCAUCGCCUACAUGAUCAAUGAAAAUAGUAUUAACUUCAAUGUCGUAUCCAAGAGUUUGGGAAGCGAUCGUAUGAGCCACUACCUCAACGAAGCCGCGGGCGAAAUGCGUGAUUUAUUGAUGCCAACCGUCGCUUCCCCCAAGGCCAAACUGUAA